AUGGUCGAAACGUUUUCACCGUCAUCUAAAAAGCGGCCAUCAUCUGUCACCCGGAAUCAAAGCUGGCUCCAAGCCCUCCCUCUAGUCCUGCUUGGUAUCCGAAACGUAUACAGAGAAGAUUUAACAACGUCCUCUGCUGAACUAGCUGCAACUCGUCAAACAUCUCGCCUUCAACCUGUCUCUGGCUCAGCUCACAGCAAACCUCAGACAUUUGUCUUCCAGGAAUUAUCAACAUGCACUCAUGUUUUCUUACGUGACGAUUCUGUGCGUCGAGCCCUGCAACCUCCCUACAGCGGACCUCACAAAGUGCUCAGCCGUGACGACAAAACUAUGACCAUCCAGAUCGCAGAUAGAAGCUCUAAACCUCAACCAAGAAGCGCCCACACACCGGUACCCAGCAUCGGUACACCUGCUGCAGACCCGGACAACGCAACACCAGAUUUACUGGACAACCACAGACCCAUUAUCGGCGCUGUCCCAGAGGAUUGUCUCACCACAGCUCUCUCUGGUGGUAAUGCAGAGUGGGCAUCCAUCUGGAUGCGGAUAAGUCCUCGGGGUACAGCUACAGAGAUAACUUCUCCGUCACUGAUAGUAGCGCUCUAA